GAUGCGUGCCUUCACGCGCUUCUUCGUUUUCUUCUCCAUUUUCGCCAUUGCCACUGUAACCUCCAAAGCUCAGACAAACCAAAGACCCUCAGCUUUUGUUCUUCCGAUUAAAAAACACGAGCCGACACAACAGUUCUUCACUUCCCUCGAUGUCGGAACCCCCCGGAGAUCUUCUCUCAACCUCGUACUCGACCUCAACUCCAACCUCACAUGGCUCAACUGCCACAGACGCAACUCAUCCACUCUCCGGCAGACCCGCUGCCGAAGCUCUGUCUGCUCCGCCGUCCCCGGCGACGGAUGCGAAGGAGGUUUCUGUUCCCGGCGGCUACGCAGCCCUCUGAGCGGCAAACCCGUCGCCGGACGUAUCAGCCAAGAGAGGAUCUCGUUCCACAGCACUCCUAGCACCUUCGGCGACAAAACUAUCGUCCGAGUCUCCGUUCGGCCGUUCACUCUCCUCAUGUACAGGAUCUCGUUCCACAGCACUCCUAGCACCUUCGGCGACAAAACUAUCGUCCGAGUCUCCGUUCGGCCGUUCACCUUCCUCGGCGCCGCCGAUCCCGGAGUAGCUCCGCCGGCCGUCGGAGUCGUGGGUCUCGCCGGCAGUGCUAUCUCGCUUCCGGCCCAGGUGACAUCAGCUUUCAACGUCAUAAGAAAGUUCGCUCUUUGCUUGCCGUCGUACGGAACCGGACGUUUCUACAUCGGGGCCGCUCUGUACGAUUUCCCGCCGUUGACGGAGAGUCCACCGUUGACUCUGACGCCAUUUGGAAAGCAUCCCGGCUCCGGAGCCGGCGACUACUUCAUCAGCGUUAGCUCGAUAUCCGUUGACGGAGACGUGAUUGCGGUUAACGGAGGGACAAAAAUCAGUACGGUGACUCCGUACACCGUACUUCACUCUGAUGUCUACAGAGCCCUGGCUUUAUCAUUUGAAAACAUAGCAAAGGCAAUGGGUAUACGCAAGGCUCCGGCGGUGGCUCCGUUCAUGGACUGCUUCGACGCGAGCUCCGUUCGGAAGAACGCGAUCGGCCCGAACGUACCGGCCGUAGAUUUCGUCGUGCCAGGGAGGAUCGGAAACGUGAAAUGGCGUUUCUACGGGGCGAAUUCGAUGGUGAAGGCGAACGAAAAGGUCAUGUGUUUGGCCUUCGUCGAUGGAGGAACCAAAUCCGACAACUCCAUAACCAUUGGAACUCACCAGCUUCAGAACCAUCUUGUCGAGUUCGAUCUCACGACUUCGGUUUUCGGGUUCAGCGAAUCGCUCUUGCUUCACAACACUAGCUGCUCCAGUUAGCUUAAAGGGCUUAACCGUAAGCCCUUAACCAGUCUUUGAUCCUAUGUUACUUGUUGUUUGGUUUUAUCUGUUA